ACAGGCUCUGAUCAGCUGUCUUCUCUCCUACAGGACCUGGGCCUGGAAGGGACAUCGUUGAACGAUGUCCUUUAUAAACACACAGCUCUCCUGAAUCUGGUGGAUCCCAUUUCUCAUGAACUGCUGAUGAACCUGGCCCGAGACAUCCAGUGCCCCAAGAAGGAGCUGGAGUCGUUGAAGUCCGCGGAGAAACUCUGCCGACAGCUCAUCUACCACCUGACACCCCAUGCCAAGUGGCAGCGACAGGCAGUCUCCCGGCACACACAGCCCUGUCUGAAAACAGCUUUGCAGAGGAGAAUAGCGAAUGACUCAUUGGAUCUUUCGGGAAUGCCACUGCCUCCCAGGGACAUUCAGCGUGUGGCCUAUCACAUACAGCUGAACCGCGACCACCUCAUCUCCAUCGACCUGAGUUUCACAGAGCUGACAGACGAUAGCCUGCAGUUCCUGCUGCCGUUCCUGGCAUCCCUGCCCAAACUCACCAACCUGGCCCUGAACGGGAACCGCCUGACCAAGGUGGUACUCAGGGAAAUGACGGAGAUGAUGAAGGAGCCAAAUGUAUUCCCAGCACUGUCCUGGAUUGACCUGGGAAACAACGCAGAUAUCUGCUCCAUGCCGCAGCCUCUGCUGGUGGGCCUGCGACGCCGGUGUAGUCUGCAGGGAGCACUGCCCACCAUCCAGGAACAUUCCGAGAACCAGGCCAGCGACCAGGAGACGGAGCUGGGGGAGGUCAGCCAAUCCCGGGAGGAGGACCAGGAUGAGGUCAGCCAAUCCCAGGAGGAGGACCUGGGUGAGGUCAGCCGAUCCCAGGAAGUGGAGGAGGGUGAAGUCAGCCAAUCACAGGAAGAGGAGGAGGAGGAGGGUGAGGUCAGCCAAUCCCAGCAGGUGGAGGAGGGUGAGGUCAGCCAAUCCCAGGAGGUGGAGGAGGGUGAACUCAGCCAAUCCCGGGAGGAGGAGGAGGGUGAGGUCAGCCAAUCCCAGGAGGUGAAGGAGGACCAGGGUGAGGUCAGCCAAUCCCGGGAGGAGGAGGAGGAGGGUGAGGUCAGCCAAUCCCGGGAGGAGGUGGAGGGUGAGGUCAGCCAAUCCCGGGAGGAGGAGUGUGAUGUCGACCGAUCCCAAGAGGAGGAGCAAGGUGAGUUUAGCCAAUCCCGAGAGGAGGGCCAGGGUGAAUUCUGCCAAAUCCAAGAAGAGGUCAGCCAAUCCAAAGAGGAGCAGGGUAAAGUCAGCCAAUCCCGGGAGGAGCAGGGUAAAGUCACCCAAUCUCAAGAGGAGAAGCAGGGGCUCAUGUCCCAGGCAGAGCAGAGCCAAUCUCAGGGGGAGGGGGACAGCCCCUGGCAAGGGGUGCAGAGGGAAGCUGGAGCCCAGCAAUACUGCCAGAGGUGACCGAGCGCAGUUGUGCCGGGGCAAGGACUGAGCUUUGAGAAAGAGGGGGACUGAAGCCCAGUGUUCCAAGCUGCCAUUGCCUGAAGCCCGUCAACCUCCCUGUUUGCCACACGCUGUCGGAGUGACAGCCCGCGGCAGGAACGCUGCCUCCUGCUUCCUGGCUCCCUUACGGACAGGAACGUGGACUUCUGCCGAGAUCAAGGGUCAGCAAGGCCACGAGCCGGGGACGAUCACGGAAUCAGAGGAGGGGAAGAGGGGCUUUGGCAACUCUCAACCCAGGGAGGUGUUGCCACGACCCGGUGGGAUGUGUUGUAGACCUGCCACCCCGCACAGGAGCAGCCAGUUUGACAAUCACUGGGUGGGGGUCAAGGCCAGCCACCUGCCAGCGUCCCCAGACUGUGCAUGUAUGUGUCUGUGCUUGUAUUAACAGCUGGAUUUGCUCAGACGUGUUCGCUGUCCCUGUCCGAAUUUCAGUGUGGUGUAGCCAUAGUCGGUGUCAGCUGGCCCAGGGGAAGGCCUGACACCCGUCCACUGAGAGCUCCGGGUGGGGAUGUCUCCAUCACUGUCAUCUGCAGUUCCAGCAGCCGGGUCCAGCCCCCUGCUGUGCUCUCCGUGUGCAAUUGUUGAUGUUUAUCUGGAACGUUUGUGUGCAGCUCUCCUCAUUAAAGUUACGCUUUGAAUGUU